GAAAAAAUGCACGGUGCGGCUUUCACUGACUGUGACACGGGAACGUCCUUCCCUGACGCCUUGGAUGCUCACGUAAAACUGCAGUCAGCCACCGGACCAGUGUGAACUUUGGGAGUGGAUGACUACGGACGGUCCAUCAGCGAGCCCCAAGCCGGCUGAUCUCAGAACAGAGAGGAAACCUCAUUUUGGGUGAAUGUGAGGGGGAUUUGGAGAGGUGUGGCCUGAAGGCAUUUCCAUUUCUGAGAUGUCAUUCAAACAAGCAGACGGGAUGUCCAUCGCUCAGGCUUUGGCCAUGACUGUAGCAGAGAUCCCAGUCUUUCUCUACUCCACAUUUGGGCAGUCCAUAUUUUCCCAGCUAAAGCUUACACCGAGCCUGAAGAAGGUGCUGUUUGCCACAGCGCUGGGCAGUGUAGCUCUGGCUCUCACCGCUCAUCAGCUGAAAAGGCGAGGGAGGAAGAGAAAGCAGGUGACACAAGGGAAGGAAGGUCAGAAGACAGUGGGGAUACCUGAGGCACUACUGAAGACAGGAAGACCUUCAUCAUUGAAGAGAGGUCCGUUUACUGGCCGACAGAUGAUGAGUCCCAGCACUCGGAGCAAUGACACCAUGAGUGGAAUUUCUUCCCUGGCUCCCAGUAAACACUCAAGUUCCUCCCACAGCCUGACAUCUAUGCGAGUCCCAAGCUCCCCAAAUCAGUCUGCAAAUCCAUCCACCCCCUGGGAGGCAGAGCCUGUGGUGGAAGAGUCAGGGGCAGUGGAGGAUGCUAAUGCAGAGAAUCUCUAUUUAAUGGGAAUGGAGCUGUUUGAGGAAGCUCUGCGAAAGUGGGAACAGGCCUUGAAUAUACGCCAUCCCACCCACUCAACCUCUAGCAGUAGCAACAGCCUCGCUCUGCAGGGGGCAACGUGUGGAGACUUUCCAAUGGUUGAAGCCCGUAAUAAAGUGUUUGCUGAGAAGUUAGAGACGCUGCUGCACAGAGCAUACCAUCUACAGGAGGAUUUUGGCAGCAGUAUCCCAACGGAAAGUGUGCUAGCAGACUUUGAGAGUGAAGGGACCCUUAUCUUACCCCAAGUGGAGAGUUUCCACAGACUGCAAGACGAUGAUGCAACUACUGUUACCUCCGAUGACUCCUUCUUCUCGGCUGCAGAGCUGUUUGAUACCAUGUCUUUAGAGGGGGUCUAUCAGCCACUGAAGCCAGCAGCCCUUUAUGAAGAAGCCUUGUCUCUGGUCCAGGAGGGCAAAGUGGCCUUUAGGUCCCUGAGGACUGAAUUACUUGAAUGUUAUGGUGACCAAGACUUCCUUGCCAAGCUGCACUGUGUGAGACAAGCAUUCCAGGUCCUGUUGUUAGAUGAAACCCACCGCACGUUUUUCAUGGAAACAGGGAAGCAAAUGAUUGCAGGGUUGAUGGUGAAAGCAAACAAGAGUCCCAAAGCAUUCUUGGAGAGCUAUGAGGACAUGCUGCUUUACACUCAGAGGGAGGAGACGUGGCCCAUCACUCAGAUGGAGCUGGAGGGCCGAGGGGUGGUGUGUAUGAACUUUUUCGACAUUGUGUUGGACUUUAUCCUGAUGGAUGCGUUCGAAGACCUGGAGAGCCCUCCCUCCUCUGUGGUAGCUGUGUUGAGGAACCGCUGGCUUUCUGACAGCUUCAAAGAGACGGCUUUGGCAACUGCCUGCUGGUCUGUCCUGAAAGCAAAACGGCGACUUCUUAUGGUUGCUGAUGGGUUUAUCUCUCACUUCUAUGCCAUAUCCGAACACGUAAGCCCAGUUUUAGCGUUUGGGUUUUUGGGACCCAGGCAGCAUCUCAGUGAAGUGUGCACGAUUUUCAAGCAACAAAUCGUGCAGUACCUUAAGGAUAUGUUCGAUCAUGACAAGGUCCGCUUCACCUCUUCUCAAUGCCUGGCUGAGGAUAUCCUGAAGCUUUCCCACCGCCGCAGUGAAAUUUUAUUGGGGUACCUGGGAAUUGAUAGUCUUCUGGAGCUCAACGGUGCCCUGCCCAGGCGAAUAGAGGGCUCAGCAGGAACCAUCUAAGAAGAUUAGGGUCACUCAGAGUUUCACUGAGCUUGUCCAGGCCAACAGCAGUGGGCUGACAAGUGGUAACGGCAAGAAGUCGCAGCUCAACAUUUAAUCUGUUUCUGCGCUAAGACUGGACUGAUUCAUGCUGCUGUGAUACACUGACAACCAGCAUUUUUCAUUUAUUCAUCUGUGUUCAUUAAACACAAGCUCUGUAAUGCAAUAUAUCCACCAGAUCUACAGUGUCACUGGUCCUUGUACUAAUGAGGGAGACCGUUUGGAUGACUUCACGUCUGCCUUGUGUUGCUGCUGUGUUGUGGGUCGAGAAAGCCGACUGCAGUCAUGUAAUCACAGCUGUCGAGGACUUUUCUUUGCCUUGUUGGGCACCAUGGAUGCUUCUUAAAAACACGCCUGAUGGACACCCUUCGAACGACUAGGCCUUCUUCAUUAAUACUUCACAUGGAUCAAGUCUCUUCCAAGAUCUGUGUUCAUCACCUAUGGAAUCGGGUGGAAUAUCUUCAUUACUAUGUGAAAACCAAUGGUGUGAGAGUCAGUACUGUGUGUUUCUAUGUUUUCUAUUAAAAAGGGGGAGGAUAUUUGUGAACACCAUAACAGUUUAUGAGAACUCUGACCAACUGAAGAAUAGUUCUGCGCGAUUCAAGGUGUGAUGGGUUUGUUUCCUCACUUGUCCUUAAAUUGUCUUUAAUCCCUUGAAGUGUUUUUGUUUUCCACUUUGGUUGAAUUGAGCAGACUAAGAUGUGACAUAUCCAAGAGUUAAAUGCAAAAAGACAUGUAGUUACUCUUACAGUCAGGGUCUCAGUCGAAGUGUUUGAUUUUAAGUUAGUUUUGUGCAGUGGAUGGCAUGAAUGUUGCCAGCUUUAAAUGGCAUAAAACAAGAAGAGCUUCCACAUCAAGUAACAUGUGAACAAUAGUACAUGAAGAAUUAUUGCCAGUGUGGAAGAACGCUAAUGUCUUGAUUGGUGAAGCACUUCAGUAAACCUGAGUGCUCUCAGGGAGUCAUAAGUAAGUUGAGAUUAAUAUUAGAUACUGCAGUACUUUUCAUUUCCAAAUACUGACAAUUAAUUUGUUCAUCAGCAGGUUGUGCUACUUGAUUUGCUUCCAGAUGUUUGAGCCAAAAUUGUACAGCCUGUUAAUCUUAAGUUUACUGAUUAAAAGAUUAUAUAGAAAUAUUUUAAACAAAAAUAUACAAAUAUGAGUUAUAUAAAGAUAGAAACCUGUUUCCAGUGUAAACUCUGGAUCAACAAUACUUCCUGAGUAUAGCUGAUUUUGAAGGCCACUGUAAAUUAAAAGAGGAUAUGUGGAUUAUUAGUGGUUUUUGCCUUUCUCACAGCAGACAUUUUUGACUUGUUACAGCAGGGAAAGCACAUUAACAACAGCUUUGUUCUAUUCAAGCAUCUCAUUUAAGGUGGACUAUGCGAUUUCAAUCCAGUACACUUUUUAGGGGGUUAGGGGAAUAUCUCCUCCCUGUAUGCUCUGAAAGAAAAAAAAACUAUGCAGCUCUGGCUCUUCAAAUCAGAAACUUCCACACAAUCUUUUUCUCUUUGUCCUGUGCACCUUAUUGCUUGCGCACAAGAAGGGGAAAUGGCGUAGUGGGAGCGAGAGAGGGACAAUAACUCUGGCACAUGCUGACUGUUUACUUAUGCCAGCUAAAUAUCAAUGAUAUUUCUCCAGAAUUGAGACCUUUAAGCUGUGAGAGUGAACCACCGUGCACGAUGAUCACUACAGCAGUUAUUUUAACUCCGCAAAGCAGGAAAAACACAGGUAGACUUACUAACAUUAAUAUUGUUAAUCAGUUUCUCAGUUGAGUCCAUUUAGGUCUGUUGAGGCUUCUGGGCCCAAGUAUUGUUCAUUCUCACACAGUGGCACAAUGAAUGGAGUAGUGCUCCUGGUGGUGUGAUUUACACCUGUAAUAUUCCUGCUGUGACAAGUCAAAGUGUCUUCAGUGAGUUUAUGAACAUAACAAGAUGCGUAUCCUCAGAGACUUAGUAAAAACAAAACAACAACACUUGGUUUCUGUGUUAAAACUCAUCAGAAUCACACAUUUUCUAUCAUUACUGUGUAAAAACAUAGUGUGUCUCGAAAUGUACCUUCUCUCAAUCCUCCCAGCUCAUUUUAAAACUGACAUGAAACAGUGCCAUCUAGUAGUCUUAGCAAGGACCUUUCUGAUUCCAUGAAGAUGCAAUGAAUUGUAGAGUUAGACUGUAAUCUACAUAAGUGCACUGAUGAUAACCCCUGGGUUCUCUUUGUUUUCUCAAUACUGGACCUUGCUGAAGUACAGAGACACUGAAGGGGCACUACGAUGCCAAGUUCAACUGAUUUUUCUUUUGUAAUCUCGAUACCACUAGAGUAAAGACAGAUUGUAGUUUAGGAAACUGUCCAAUACUAAAUUAUCCUCAUGAAAUAUAAUGAAAAUAUUAUUUAUUCUUAAUGUCAUUGGAAGCACAGUAUGCGUGCUUGUGGUUGCCUGUGUGUGGGAGGGAAUUUCUGUCUGAUCAUUUUGUAUUUCAUAGCUCUCUGGGUAUUUUAAUUUCAGUAACUGAUCAUACGUAUUAACAGAAGUCUGCUCUGUGUUAUUCAUAUUCAUAUAAGCAUGUGUUUUUGUGGCAUUUACAAUCCAAAUUCUGCUGUUGUUACAACAGGCCUCUUAAAUUCAGAGCUUUUUUUUUUCUACUUUUUGGCUCUUUAAACUGCACUGGCUGCGUUAAGAGGCAUUAUUGUUGGAUCAUUUGUGUUUCUGUCUAAAACGAACCAGUACUGUACAUAGACACAGAGCUUUUACAGAAAAAUAAUUGGUUCCAUGUUCUGAUUGAUGUGCAGCUUUGUGAUUUUAAGCAUUUUGCACUUUAGCAGAAAGGAGAUACAAGAAUGUCCAACAGCCCUUUUUAAUAAUCAGUUUGGGAGUUCAGAUGUACAAACUGUUGAAUUAUUUAUUGCAUCACUUAUUAUAGAUAAUAUAGAGCAUAAAUGCUGUACAGUAGAGAAAUUAUCUUUCCCAAAAACAACUAUAUUAUGCAAAUGAUUUAUUCUGGUUGCUAUCAUAAGAUUCAGUUCAAGUGUCCAUCUUUAAAUUGUUCAUUUCAUAUUUAGAUAGUUUAAAUUCUCCAUUUUUAGCUGCGUGUGUUCUGAUCCCUGAUGAAUUGCUUUAAAACCGUGUUCUCCCCUGUUUAAUCCUGUUAUUGUAUGUGUCAUGCAGGUAAAUGCAGCUAUGAAAAAAAGCUUGUGUUUAGUCUUGUGUUCACAGAUUGAUCUGCUUUCUCUGUGUUCUGAGAGUAGAUGAACUGCUUUUGCAUGUUAACAGUGUAGAUCCUCUGAUAUGCAUCAGUGUAACAUGCAACAUGUAGACUCAGGCUCAACCCUAGUUGUUGUAAAUUUAAUAAAUCCCAAUUAGAAAUAAGCUAAAGAAAAUAUUUAAGAAGUUAUAAUCAUUUGAAGGUUAAAAUUCAAGCAUGGACUCUCCUACUUAGCAUAUAAUCAAAUGCAUUGUAGAGUUUUAGAAGGAUUUCUGAUGGCCAAAAUGUGGAAAGGUGUUUUUUUGUCUUUUUUUUUGGAAAGUCAUUGCUGUACAUUACAAGUGUCCUAUUCAUGCCUUUUGUCUUUUCUAUCGUUAAACUUGCAUUGCCAGCACAAACUGUAAAUUGAUUUUAAUUCUCCAUAUUAAAUGUUAUUUUUUGUUAUUAAAUCAA